GCUUGUACGUUCGUUGAUUGAUUACUCAACUAAAAAGGGGUUACACGAGGAAAAAUAUGGUAUAUUUGUCAUAAAACGCACUGGUUUGAGAGGAACAGACGUCUAUGUAUCUGUUCUGUGUCUCCUAUUUCUAUGCUUUUGGUACGCCCUGUUCAUUUCAACGGGUACUCCCCUCGCAUCAUCCGAUCCGACGCCACUGCCUUGGUUAGCUUCUGCUGCCGUAAUUGUCUCCAGGGCUGCUUAACUCCUAUUUAUUCUGUUUUUGUUUUUUUUUGCUUUGAAGGGACUAUUUCAUUUUCUGGGAUUUUAUUCAAGACCCGGAUAUAAUACGAAGUGUUUUUGUUCGUUUUGGAUCGAGGUGUGUGUGUGUGGAGCUCGCCUGUCUUCUUGGUUGGCUUGGGAAAAGCCACUGCGUAUCAAAUAGCAGGUGUUUAAGAUGCUGCAGUGAGUUCGGAGCUGAAUCUUAACUGAAGCCUCAGCAUGUCUAUACUGCUGAUGGUGGGUGUGGUGAUGUGGGGGGCCCAAGGCGGGGUCCAUGGGGCCAUGUGUCCCGGAGGGGUCCUUGGUAACUGCCCCACCCAGCAGAGCAACACCUCCGGUGGGGGUGAGACCUCCAGGGACUACUGCUACACCGCCCGUAUCCGAUCCACCGUGCUCCAGGGCCUGCCCUUCGGAGGGGUGCCCACCGUCCUCGCACUCGACUUCAUGUGCUUCCUGGUACUCCUGUUUGUGUUCUCCAUCUUGAGGAAGGUAGCGUGGGACUACGGCCGCUUGGCGCUGGUCACUGAUGCAGACAGACGGAGUCAGCGAUACAGCCGUCUGGACGAACAGGAAUAUGUGGCGUCUGCCAUAACGUCAGAGCUUCCCGAUCGCUACGAACGCCUGACCUCUGUCUCCAGCUCAGUGGACUUUGAGCAGAGAGACAACGGCUUCUGCUCCUGGUUAACAGCCAUCUUCCGGAUAAAGGAUGAGGAGAUCAGGGAGAAGUGUGGGGAGGAUGCUGUGCACUACCUCUCCUUCCAGAGGCACAUCAUUGGUCUGCUGGUGGUGGUGGGCGUGCUCUCAGUGGCCAUCGUUCUGCCCGUCAACUUCUCAGGAAAUCUAUUGGAGAAUGAUGCCUACAGUUUUGGACGUACCACUUUAGCCAAUCUGGAUGCCAAUAACAUGCUGCUGUGGCUCCACACCACCUUUGCGUUCCUCUACCUGUUGCUGACCGUGUACAGCAUGAGACGACACACCUCCAAGAUGCACUACAGAGAGGACGAUCUGGUGAAACGCACUUUAUUUGUCAACGGGAUCUCCAAGUAUGCAGAGGAGAAGCACAUCAAGCAACACUUUGAACAGGCCUAUGAAAACUGCUGUGUUCUCGAGGCUCGUAUCUGCUACGAUGUGGCCAAGCUGAUGUCGCUCAACUCAGAAAGGAAGAAGACCGCGCGUAGCAAGAAGUUCUUUACAGACCUGCAGUCCAAGGAGCACAUCCCCACCAUGAUCAACCCCAAACCCUGUGGUCAUCUCUGCUGCUGUAUUAUCAAGGGCUGUGAGCAGGAGGAGGCAGUUAGUUACUACACCAAGCUGGAGUCCAAGCUGAAGGAGGAGUACAGGAAGGAGAAAGAGAAGGUCAACAGUAAACCGCUGGGAAUGGCCUUCGUUACCUUCCAGAACGAAGCCAUGACCGCUAUUAUCCUGAAGGACUACAAUGCGUGUAAGUGUCAGGGCUGUCACUGUCGGAGGGAACCCAGGUCUUCUUCCUUCAGCCAGCACCUUCACACAUAUUCCUGGACGGUCGGCUACGCACCAGACCCACAGAACGUCUACUGGGAGCAUCUGUCAGUAGGAGGGUUCCCCUGGUGGCUGAGAUGCUUCAUCAUCAACUGUAUCCUCUUCCUCCUCCUCUUCUUCCUCACAACCCCUGCCAUCAUCAUCUCCACCAUGGACAAGUUCAACGUCACCAAGCCUGUCGAGUACCUCAACAACCCCAUCGUGACUCAGUUCUUCCCCACCCUGCUGCUGUGGGCCUUCUCCGCCCUGCUACCCACCAUCGUGUACUACUCGGCCUUCUUCGAGGCCCACUGGACACGGUCUGGAGAGAACAGGACCACAAUGCAUAAAUGUUACACCUUCCUCAUCUUCAUGGUCUUACUGCUGCCCUCUCUAGGACUCAGCAGUCUGGACGUUUUCUUCCGAUGGCUGUUUGACAAGCGCUUCCUGGCUGACGCUGCCGUGAGGUUUGAGUGUGUGUUCCUGCCUGACAACGGGGCGUUCUUUGUGAACUAUGUCAUCGCGUCGGCGUUCAUCGGUAAUGCCAUGGAUCUGCUGAGGAUCCCUGGUCUGCUCAUGUAUAUGACCCGGCUGUGUCUGGCUCGCUCUGCUGCCGAGAGACGCAACGUCAAGAGGCACCAGGCGUAUGAGUUCCAGUUCGGGGCGGCCUAUGCCUGGAUGAUGUGCGUCUUCACUGUGGUCAUGACAUACAGCAUCACCUGUCCAAUCAUCGUCCCCUUCGGUCUGAUGUACAUGCUGUUGAAACACCUGGCAGAUCGCUACAACAUGUACUAUGCCUACCUUCCCUCCAAGCUGGACAAGAAGAUCCACUCUGGGGCCGUCAACCAGGUGGUGGCAGCACCCAUCCUCUGUCUCUUCUGGCUCCUGUUCUUCUCCACUCUCCGCACAGGUUUCUCAGCCCCUACCUCUAUGUUUACCUUCAGCGUCCUGAUCAUCACCAUCAUCGUCUGCUUGUCCCAUGUCUGCUUCGGACACUUCAAAUAUCUCAGCGCUCACAACUACAAGAUUGACGUGGAGAAUGUGGAUGGGGUGGAGAACGGUCAUCCAGCACGAACCUCUCCCUCCAAUAAGUCAGCACAGAUGUACAUUGCCUCGGUGCUCCAGGAUCCCAGCUUAGAAGAGCUGGGUUCUGCUGGCAGCGGGGUCAGCGAGGGCUCGCAGGACGAGGAGAUCAUCCAAGUGGGGAACAGCCUCAAUGAGGCCGACUUCCAGAGUGGUGAGGACAGUCUUCUCGCUAACGAGGUGCGGCACUGACGUGAGGGGAUGCCGGAGACCGAGGACGGGGAGAGAGAAGAAGAGACUAAGGUGUAAUGUGACUGACGUGAUGGAUGCGCUGGUCUAGUGAAUGAAGCUACGGAGCUGAAACGGACUGACAGACAGCUCUAUAAGACAUGAAGAGAGACCACUAAACCUUAAACACCUCGAGUCAAGAGAGAGGGACUAUUUCUCUGUCUACACUAACGAACAAAGCAACACAAUUACCUUUCUCAUGCCUUUCACUCCUCUUCAGCUUAGGCCAUGGACCACAGUUCUCCAGCAUAUCUUUCCCCCCCAGAGAGACUACACUAACACCAACAUGCAAAGACGAGAGAGAGAGAGCGGUGGACUACUGUCUACAUUAACUAACAAAGGAAGACUACUUACUAAAGACCUCUAUCAACAACUGCUUCUCUAGGAUUCUCUUGCUAGGAUGCAACUCUGACACUCAGACUCUACUGUUGGACUCUACCCCGGCGCUAAGACUACUGUAGGACUCUAUUUCGGCGCUAGGACUCUACUGUAGGACUCUACACUGGCGCUAGGACUCUACUGUAGGACUCUACUGUAAAACUCGGCGCUAGGACUUUACUGUAGGACUCUAGUCUGGCACUAGGACUCUACUGUAGGACUCUAGUCUGGCGCUAGGACUCUACUGUAGGACUCUAGUCGGGCGCUAGGACUACUGUAGGAUUCUAGUCUGGCGCUAGGACUCUACUGUAGGACUCUAGUCUGGCGCUAGGACUACUGUAGGACUCUAGUUGGGCGCUAGGACUCUACUGUAGGACUCUAGUCUGGCGCUAGGACUACUGUAGGACUCUAGUUGGGCGCUAGGACUCUACUGUAGGACUCUAGUCUGGCGCUAGGACUCUACUGUAGGACUCUACUCCGGCGCUAGGACUCUACUGUAGGACUCUAGUCUGGCGCUAGGACUCUACUGUAGGACUCUAGUCUGGCGCUAGGACUCUACUGUAGGACUCUACCCCGGCGCUAGGACUCUACUGUAGGACUCUACUCCAGCGCUAGGACUACUGUAGGACUCUAGUCUGGCGCUAGGACUCUACUAUAAGACUCUACUCUGGCGCUAGGACUAGCUAGGACUCUACUCUCUCUGAAAUCUUCCUUCAUGACGAAUCUAUCUUUUCUGAAGGCAAAGUCACGCAGGGACACUUAGCAGUAGUUAACUCCCUCUUCCAACUGUUGAUCUAGAGCUGCCUCUGAACUGAGGCUCGGGACUGUGAAGUGGGGGGACUAGCUAUCUGUCUAGAUUUCCUUAAAACUACGACUAUUGCACUUGAAGAGAAGGAUAGGUGUGUGUCUGUGCCCUACACUGGCUUGGCUUAGUGGGGUGAUGUGGCUUUGGCUCGCAUGUGUUUUCCUCCUCACAGAACCUUGAGUCUGGCUUGCUAGAGGUCUAGAAUAGCAACUCGGGCAUGCCUCGGACUUCAGAGGGGUUGGAGGGAUCUUUAUUUCCCCUAAUCGUUUGCCUGUUCUGCCUGCAUCCUUAAUAGUCUCUGCACGAGAGGCUGCUUCACAACAAGCAGCUUUAUAUGAGAAGACGGAGAUGAAAUGUCCGUCAGCGUCACAAUGUUCGCCUGCUCUGGUCUCCCCCUACUCUGUCCCGACCGUCUCCGGGAGUCUCUGGGCGGUUCCAGCCCUGUGUAAAAAGGAAGGUGAUCGCUAUGACGAUGACCACUCUGUAACAAACUGAACUAACACUCCCUCAUUGCUGUUUACUUUUAUGUUUAGCUUUUUUCGAUGUUGUUCAGCAACAAAAACUUGGGAUUUGUAAAAUAGCCUCUUUUUUUAUUUUAUUUUGUAUUUAUUUUCUAGGCAUGGUUAUUUUAAGUUGGUCUGAGAACUUUAAUUACUUAACUACUGUUUCGACGUUAAAAUGACGUAACUGGAUGAAUGGAUCAUGUAACAUGGAUACUGUACCUCGUAAACAACACGGUUUCUCUGUCUCCUGGCCGGUUCUGCCCAGAGAAGUGGGACUGCGGCUCCAGACUGAGCCCUAAUGGAGCCCUAAUGGAGCCCUAACAUAACUGAAGGAGGAAGACAGCGGAGAAACCCCUAGAUGAUGUCCCCAGGAAGCACAUAUGAAGUGGAUAUGACAGCCCACCCUGUACACUGUUUUGUGUCCCACAACUAUGGUUGCAAAAUUCACAAAAUUGUCCCAGAGUUCCUAGGUUUUUCACAUCUUGGUUAGAAGUUUCUUGGAAUAAGGGAUUUCUGGGAAAAAACCGAGGAACUUUGAAAGUUUCCGUAAUUUUGCAACCUCAGCCAGUCCUCCUCUCCCAGCCAGGGCUCUGUGGGACAACGUUCCUCUGUAGAGGGAGAACUCGACCCUUGAACUCUUGGUCUGUGACCUGUACAUGUAGUUCCCCCAGGACUCCCUGGGGUCGCGUUCAGCAGGGGUCGGGGCACAACGUGGUUGAACGUUCAGAUUUAUGUUAUGUCGAACAAAAUAUGCCUCUGAAAUGUAGAAUAAGGAAUCGUGGCAACUCUAUUCAUGACAUUUCUAUCUGCAACGUUCUACAACGUUCCACAACGUUUGCCUACUGAAUGUGACCCCGACCUUUUGACUGGUCCGUGUUCACUAGUUCUAUCUAUCUCAUCGAACUGCUCUCAUAGCAUACAAGUUCCUAUACAAGACGAGUCUCUUUAUUUUGGUGUUUGUCACUGUACUAAAGAUUUAUUUCACUGUUGGUUUGAACAUUUGGUUUUUUUGGUGGGGGGGGGGGGGGAACGAGAUAACGAGCUUUUAAAAGAUAGUCUACCGAGUUCUGCCGACUCUAGAUGAGCUCUGAUUGGUUUAAGGAUGCCUAGCGUCAUCCAAUGACAACACGAAUUGUGACAUCAGCGAGAUACUCUUAUCAUGUAGUGGUCUAUAAUGUCAAAUUAAAAAAAAUUUAAAAGUUAAAAUGAUCAUUGAGCAUUGAUAGAAAUGACAAUGUCCCCCAACUGCCAUCACUCAGCUACAGUGCUGUAUCGUACGCGGUGUUGUUAAUAUGUUGACAUGUAGACAGGCGCUAUGUGGGACGCAGACAAUGAGUCUUAAUGCAGGAAGACGUGAUCAGCGGGUUUUUAGAUGCUGGUGUUUUGUUUAUGUUGUUUCCCUUCAACACACUAUCCCGAUUUAUCAGCGGAAAAACAAAAUGGAUGACACCAACUUCGUUGUUUUUAUAUUUUUCCUUCUCUGUACUCUGACCUUUUUAUCUUUCAAGUAAUUCAGCCGCCAUAACUCACGAUGUCAUGUUGCUCUCUUCAAGUCGUUACAAUAUUCCACUGACCGGCUUAGUUUUCCUUCCAAAGUGUUGCCUUGUGGCAGAACAGAUCUAUCCUGGUUGAACCUCAGGGGUCUAUUAUAACCAAGCCGAAUCAACGACUUAGCCAACUAUUAGAUAUAAUAAUGAUUUGAUUUUUCUGAGGUAAUUUAAGAAAGCUAAACUCAGAGAUGUGCGUUUUGGUUGUUGAGUCAUCGAGAACAUUCCCAUUUCAAGCUCAUCUUUCUAAAAAAAAAAUAUAUAUAUAUAUAUAUAUUUCAGAAUAUUUAAGGCAAAUUAGCUGGCUAACUCAUUGAUCUUGCUUUGUGGUAUACCCUUCUGAGCAUUGUCUGGUUUAGCCUGGCUAUGUGCAUAUCUCCUAUAUAACUGUCAUUUCUGAAACAUUUCACCUGUCCUGUUUAAAGUCUUGGUUCCACAUUGUGGAAACGCAUCAAUAAAUAUGAAACAUAUGUCCUUUUGAAAUGUUUUCGUAGCACUAAUCAGUCAGUCAGUCAGUCAGUCAGUCAGUGGGCUGAACCAUACAUGCUGAGCAGCUUUCCUAUUAUAUGCAUAAACCAAGUAACAAAUCUAGUGUCUAGUACACAUUUAAUGUACUCUGUAUAACUAGUCCAAUGUAGUGUCUGAUUCUGUACAGUAAAAUGAUGCACUCAG